GUUUACAAGAUGCCACUGCCCAUACAGACACAACGCAUAUUCCAAUUUAAAUUACAUAAUGAAAACCCGACCGUUCAACAAUUGCAACUACAUCUUCCUGAUCAACAUUUUGUAACUUUUAAAGAUGAUGAAGCACUUA